GGCGGAGAGACGGUCCAGUUGGACAUGGAUCACCUGUUGGUGCUGUUGCUGUUGAGCUCAGACCCUGUCAGGCAGGUGGAUGGGACCAGUCCCUGCUCAGGAGGACUGGAGGUGAAGUCUAACCAGUGGUGGUCCUCAAUGUGUGACGCCACCUCCACACAGACCCUGAAGAAAGCUGCUGUUAACUGUAGACAGCUAGACUGUGGCUCUGCUGUCUCUGUAGGGCGGAGAACGGAGUUCCCAGACAGAUCCGUGUGGAUCAUCAGCUCAUCGGACAUAACACCAGAUUCCUCUCGCUUCAUCCUUGAUCUCACCUGCUUAAACUCUGUCAGGCUGGUGAAUGGGACCAGUCUGUGCUCAGGCAGACUGGAGGUGAAGUCUAACCAGUCUAAUCACCGGUGGUCCUCAGUGUGUGAAGCUGACUUUGACCAGCAGGAUGCGGAGGUGGUCUGUAGGGAGCUUGGGUGUGGGGCUCCUUCAGUCCUCCAGGGGGCGCUCUAUGGAGAAGUGGAGGCUCCAAAGUGGACCAAAGAAUUCCAGUGUGGAGGAAAUGAGACCUCUCUCCUGGACUGUAGAAGCUCAGACUUGGAUAGAAACAAAUUCUCACCUGGCAGAGCUGUUGGACUCACCUGCUUAGAGCCUGUCAGGAUGGUGGGAGAAGAUAGUCCCUGUGCAGGAAUACUGGAGGUGAAACAUAAUGGAGACUGGAGACCAGUGCACUUUUCUAACUGGACCAUGAAGGAAGCGGCGGCUGCCUGCAGAGAGCUUGACUGUGGUUCUGCAGUUUCUGUAGGAGAGAGAGCAGAGUUGUCACAAUUCGAUACCUGGUUGAUCAACUCUGAAUGUGUUCAGUCUGGAUCUCUGAGGGAGUGUGCAACAUCAGAUUUAUCUUCCUCCUCAGUGAAUCUCACCUGCUCAAAGCUGCUGCUUCAGCCCAAAAUCUUCAUUUCCUCCUCCACGGACAGGGUCUCUGAGGCCAGGCAGCAGGGGCUUAGGGUGACCAUGGGCUCUGACUUCACCAUCAGCUGCUCCAUCAAGCCACAGUACCCAGGAGGCUCCUUCCAGCUCUCCUUCACCUCCUACAACUCAGCACACAACUACACCCAGCCAGCUGUCAAUCACUCUGCCCGCUUCCGGUUUCCUGCUGCAGAGCCCACCCACCAAGGGAGCUACAGCUGUGUUUAUAACCUUGAUGUUUUUUCUCAUAACUUCUCCUCUGAGAGCCGUCAGCUCUCUCUCACUGUUUUAGGUAAGCUGACUGUUUACAUGCAAGGAUGA